CUGUGUCCAAUCACAGCUGAUCACUGAUCAUCAAGGCACUGAUGAUCAGUGUGCCCUGAUAAUCAGUGUGGCCCUGAUAAUCAGUGUGGCCCCAGAAGUGCCACCUGUCAGUGUCCAUCAGUGCCAGCAGUCAGUGCUCAUCAGUGCCACGUGCCAAUGCCCAUCAGUGCCACAUCAAUGCCACAUAUCAGUGCAUACCAGUGCACAUCAAUGCCACAUAUCAGUGUUCAUCUGAGCUGCCUUUCAAUGUCACCCAUCAGUGCCAGUCAGUGCCACCUAUCAAUGCCAAUCAGUGCCACCUAUCAGUGCCAGUCAGUG